UGGGAGGGUCUGUGUUGAUAGCUAAAUUAUCCCUCCGUGUCAGCCGGUAAAACUGGCUAAACUAUGAAUCUAUAGCUACUUCCACUGGUGACACAAAUAUCACUCCAACACGCGACAAUUGGUCUCUGAUUCCGCCAGUGACAGCAUCAACGCGUGGCACAGAAGGAGUGGCUCUGAGCCGCCUCAGCUCUCCGGACCCAGAAGAACCCACUGGAACACGCCUGUGUAGUGUCACGCACACAGCUGUCACAAGACAGUUGAAAAACCGAACAAAAGUUGACUUGAAGACGCAGGAAAUAUUUAUCCCACGGGAAACAACAAAGAUGCGUGUCACCAAAAAGAAGUGUGUGAUUUUGGUCACUGGGCUUCUGCUGUUUGCCCUGUUUUGUGCCUGGAGCCCUGGGACCAGCUCAGGCGUUGACAUACGGCCAGGACAGAGGGGUCACAUAGAAAAACUUCUCGAAGAGAAAAUGCGAGACACCAUCAGUGACUAUCACGACAUUGCCUACCAUUUGAAGGAUGAUGUGGCAUGUCAUCUGGCUCAAAAUACAUGUGUGUGUCUGGCUGAUGAGGAGACCUUUCACCUGCCGUUAGCCAAUCUACUAUUUCCACGUGUGUGGGCCCACAACGUUGACCUUGCGUUCUUAGAGUCCCAUCCUGACCCAGAGGGCGUAAAGCAUCACAGAGCUCAGGAGUACAGAAGCUUUCAGAGGAGGUCGUACAAUCCUGCAGAUGUGCUUAUCGUUGCUGAGGCCAACAGUCCUCUUCAGUAUCCUACCCAGGGUGUGGAGGUGCGACCCCUCAAAACGAUCAUCAUUCCUGGUUUGGGUCUUAAAGAAAAAACAGGAUCAAACCAUACGGUGCAUUUGACAGCAACCCUGGGGACUUUUGAUGUUGCUGCCACAGUGGACAAGGUCUCUGUUAAAGGAGCAGGGGAGAAGCACAUGACACUGUCGAGUCCCAGUCUCUCCGCUUUAAACGGGCAGCUGCAGUUUGUCACUUAUACAAACACUGUUUUCCAUCCGAAGACAGCAGACACGGUUCAGUUUGCAACUGAAGGUCACCAGUCAUAUUUCAGCAUUAAAGUUGGACAUGGAAUCAUACCUAACCUUUACAACUCAGGAUAUCAAAGAGAGUACAAUAUUAGUGCUCUUGUUACCAUCGCCACCAAAACUUUUCUACGCUACGACAAACUCAAAGACCUCAUUGACAGUAUACGACAACACUAUCCCACUGUCACCAUAGUGAUAGCAGAUGAUAAUGAACAUCCUCAGCCAGUGACUGGGCCUCACAUUGAGCAUUACAUCAUGCCUUUUGGAAAGGGAUGGUUUGCAGGAAGAAACCUAGCAGUGUCUCAAGUGACCACCAAGUAUGUGCUCUGGGUGGAUGAUGAUUUCAUUUUCACUGCAAACACCAAGUUGGAGAGGAUGGUGGACAUCUUAGAGAAGACCACUCUGGACCUGGUGGGUGGUGCGGUGAGAGAGAUUACAGGUUACACUGCCACAUACCGUCACACCAUUUCUGUGGAGGAAGGAGGAGAGGACGGUGACUGUUUGCAUAUCAGAAUUGGUUACCACCAUGUGAUCGAGGGAUUUCCCAACUGUGUGGUAGCUGAUGCCUGCAUCAACUUCUUCAUGGGGAGGACAGACAAGGUGCAGCAGGUGGGCUUUAAUCCCCGCCUGGCACGGCGCGGUCAUCUGGAGUUUUUCAUCGACGCUCUGGGCUCCCUCCACGUUGGCUCCUGUAGUGACAUCAUCGUAAGCCACGCAUCAAAGAUCAAACUACCCUGGAGUAAAACAGUCUCACAAAAGGCCUAUGACAAAUUCCGCUAUGCAUCAUCCACUGCCCAAAAUGACAUCUCUAAUGAAGUCUUCUACUUCAAGAACAGGUUCAAGUGCAUAACAAGUCACUGAAACUUGGCCCCUCACAUGUCUGUUUGCUGCCUUAAAGUCCAGGUAAAGAAAAAAUAGAUAUGUUUUAUGAGUUUGUCACACCACAGAAAAUGUGUCACUAACCUCCCAGACAAAUUUGAUUGAUUAAAAAAAAUUCAAAGUAUGUCAAAUCAGGUUUUAAAAUCAUGAAAAAAGAAGCAGAAGAAUCAGAACCACUGCAGUUACGACAGACUCUCGUUCAGAAGCUAACAGCAGCUAGCAUUAGCACUAAGCACACACCUCCAGCAGUGAGCAGUAACUGCUAGCAGGCAGGGUUGCCAAUUCAGGCUGAAAGACUGAAAGAUACAUUAGUGAUGGCUAUUUUUUUUAUGUAUAUAAGAUUGUGGCAUUUAACAAAGAUGUUUAUUCAUGUAAAACUGUACUUGACUGAAAGAGCCAAGAGGGCUUGUUGAAUGUAGCAAACUCACCGCUCACACACAGGGGAUGAAUAAAACAACACUGAUGUUAUGUGCUCUAACAUUUUUUAAAUAUAAUUUCUAAAAAUUGGGAAGGGGUCAUGUUAAAGAUGGCAGUGCAUCAUCGAGACAUGAUUUCAGGCUCAAGCUCAACGCAGCACUCUAUAGUUCAAAUUCGAUCACAUUUUCAACAAGUAUUUUCUAACAUGUAUAAUUUGUCUAGAGAGAAACCUCAGAUUUUACUUUACCUGGACAUUGGAGAAUUUUGAGAAAUUUUUGUUUUCAGGUUAAGACUGCAGAAAUUGAUGUUAUGUUUUACAGUUUGUUAGCACUUGCUGUUAAACAGACUGUGUGGAUAGAUUUUGUUCUAUGAACAGUUUACAAUUUUUUAGUAUAGAAAAAAGUAUCCUAUCCUCCUUUCUCUAGCAGACAUGAAAUAUUGCCCUUCACAAAAUGCACUGAAAAUAUCAUGUUUCUUUUUGUUUUUAAUCGCACUGAGUUGACUUCCAUAAGUACUGUGACUUCAAAGGUGGGUUUCCUGGAACUGUCUAUUUGUAAUUCACCAAAGAGACAGUGGUGGUGGAACAUAUCUGUUGCUGCAUGAAUUGAUAAAAGAUUUAAGUAGUGCUCCAGUAAUUGUUCAUGUUUAGACUUGAUCUAUUUUCCCACUAUGUUCAAGGUUGCGUUUGCACUACAGCCACUUAAAGCAGCAGUUCUAUUUUAACUUGUCUGCUCAUUUCGAAUCUUAUACCGCUUGUUGUUAAGGUGUUGUAACUGAGUCAAAUACUGACUGGGAAACAUACAUAUUGACAACAAAUCAUAUUGAUUUUCCAUCUUAUCACUACUGUGAAUGUGUUUUAGAUUUUCUUUAGAAGAUCAUAAUUUCUAUCAGCUCUCUCAUCCCCCCUGUUGGGAAUCACUUAUGUAGAGUUAAUUUAGAGCUCUUGAAUGCAUCUUGUCCAGGCAAAAAUAUUCAAGUGCAAGAAAAAAAAUACUUUAGUGCAGGACACAAAUGCCUCCAAAAAAAAAAAAACACUGCAGUAAAUGCAUCUUAUCUGAAACAUAACAUCACAACCCAAUUAUGCUUCAUAAUAAAAAAACGUCACGUCACAGUUACAUUUGUAGUCCUUGUUGCAAAAUGUAUAUUAUGUAUGUUGUGCCGUACAAGGAUUUAUAACAAAGGCCUACACUUUAUCCAUAAACUUUUGGGCCUACAUGUAACAAUCAAAGCCUGAGACCACAUGUUGGCGCCCAAAAGAACAAAGGAAUCAGUCAACCCCCUUUCUCUGUGUGAAUCAGCUGAUUCAACCCCAACACAGCACCCCAGCUGACCAGCAGAGGUCCCCUGAAAUACACAGCUCCCAUUGGGUGAAAUCCGCCACGGCCAACCCCGCACCGGUGACGUCACGCCGGGGUAUAUCAUCACAGAGCGUACCUGAGGGAAACGCUUCUGGCUGUGAUCCUCAUAGCUGAUAGAAGUACCCACAACUGUUCCUAAAGCUUAGCAACUCGUCCCACGUGGCGAACGCUUUAGAAAGAGUUAUUACUGUGCACAGUUAGACGCGUUUUAGGCCUACGGAUUUCCCUCGCUGGUCGAGCUGAUCUC